AUGUCUCUCGCUGCAUCACGCGCCGUCUUACGGCAAUCGACGUUCACCAUCCGCCGCGCCGGCAUCCGCAAUGCCUCGACGACGUCCGAAGCCGCCGGCGCUGUAAAGGGUAAAGCUGCUGAGGUGUCGACCAAGGCAUCAGAGGGCCUCACCAAAGUCACCAGCUCAGCAAGCUCUGCCGCGUCAAGUGUUGGCUCAGCCGCGAGCAAUGCGGCCAAUGCGACAACUGGACGUGUAGGAGGGCUGGUUGGGACUGUACAAGGAUUGAUUCCCCAGGUCGUCUACUACUCAAAAGUCACACUUGAGCUCGGCAAGCUUAUUGCUCAUCAGCGAAACAUGGCACCACCUUCUGUUCAGACAAUCCAAGGCUACCUCCAGCCGGCCAUCAACGCCGCCAAGAACCCAACCUCGCUCUUCAACCGCGCCGCCAGCGAGGCCAACGCCGCAGCACAGAAAGUGCAGCAAGACCCCGCCAACAUCCUCGCUCAGGUCCGGAACGUGUCACGCGCACAAUGGCUUUCUGCUGGUGUUGUUGCUGCUGAGGUUAUCGGCUUCUUCUCCGUUGGCGAGAUUAUUGGCAGGUUUAAGCUUGUUGGGUACAGGGCGAAGGAGGAGCACCACUAAGUGCACCAGAGCCAUGGAAACGGAUAAAGAUACAGCAGAAACAUAUCAACUGGUCACAGGACAGUUGUAGAUGAGUAGGAAGCGCGAGGUAGAGAGCAGCUGUACGAUCACGCGGGCUGAUAGGUUGGGCAAGCGUGCAUGCGGUACACUUGGGCCGGGAAGGGCCCUACACUGUAGUAUUAUUGCACAUACCUUUGAUUUAGAUUUCAUUUCUCCUGUGCAACUACUGGGCAAUGCAACCAUUUCACAGCG